UUUCAUUAGUUCAUCACUAGUUUCAACACAACAACAAUAUCAACGACAACAAAGUGUAGCCAACAAAUAGUGCUAGGGUUCUAUAUACUACAUACUCGUAUACAUGUAUAUGCGUUUGUAUGCCAAUUUGUGUGUAGUAAAAGCGUUAGAAGUAGGUCAACAACUUUUUUAGCGUGGUCAUAUUGGUUAUUGGCCGCUUUGCUUUCCGGCUUAGAGAUUGCUUUUGCUGCUGUGGCUGUGGCUCUGGCUGCGGCUGCGGCUGCGGCACCGGCUGCGUUUGUGUUUGUCGAUUUUGUUGUUCUUGUGGCUAUGGUACAACGUUUUAUUGGCAUUUUCGAGGUUAUUACCACUUUGAUUGCUGCGAAGUUGCACAUUCCACGUCGAGUAGUGUGCGCAUGGUUAUUAGUAGCGGCAUCGCGCGUUACGGCAAUUCCAAAUACACCGAGUUCGAGCAAUGAAUUUCCGAAUUUAUUUACUAUUUCUUGCAAUAUUUACCACAAUACAACCGCAGCGCUGUCAAUUGGACGCGAUUGCUAAGCGGCAAAAGCGUUGGGUGCCAGUUUUGUUAUUUCCACCGACCAGUCCGACGCGGGUGCAGUGGAUUGUUGGCAUUGGUAUACCAUUAGAGGAUUUGCUCUAUGAAGCAAUGACCACCGGUUACGUUUUGAAGGCGGAGUAUUUUCUAGCCGAUAACGUGACGAAACUCUACACCAUCACACAAAUGCCAUUUACGGCGCGUCAAAUGUCUGCAAGGAAAUUAACGAAAUUUGAGCGGUUUCUAGCGAAAGCUGACGAAUGGAAGCGUUAUUCCGCUUGGGAGCGGCAUCUGCAGGAGAAUCGACGUGUGUUGUCCAGCUAUAGAUGGUCUAUAUAUAAAGUUUUAGAGGGUUUAGCGGAGCGCCUAGCGCCCUCGGGUCGCGCUUGUGUGCUGAAAAGCAUCUGCGAGGCAGCGGAGACAUCAUUUCACUAUCACAAUGGCUUGUUCGGCGAAUUGUUGCACAUAUUACUGUCUCCCUCUUCUUCCGUUGACGUUUUAUCGGAGCAUGCAGAUAAUGAGUACUUUUACGCUGAGUCUAUGGGUCGCUCUGGUGCGGACUGUAAUUUGGUAUUUAAGGAUUGCAAGAAAUCGUUGUUGGAACAUUUUUCGAAUGUACGUACUUUGCAAGAGAUGUUGGCUAAGCAAUUUGGUUAAGUUGAAGUUGUGAACUUGAUUUGAAAAGAAAUAUAUGACUGCAUCUGU